AUGAUAGGACAUUUAAGAAAGGCAGAGAGCACUAAUGACUUGGAGGAUGGGUCCCUAAUACCGGGCGGUGGGUUAGCUAAAGACACGAGCUCCCGAGCGCUCACCUAUUCAUGGCGACCUCCCCGCCCCAUGAUGGUCGUCAUGAAAAAUGAAGUGGCAAUCCUGCGAGCCAGGAAUAGCGGUCCGCAGCACACCACAAUGGCCGCCCUAUCAGCUAAUACCCUGCCCCGCAGCCUGUCAAUAAUUCGGGACGAUUGUUCUCGUUGCGAAGGCAGACCUAAUUGGAUGAAUGUUGCCAAAAUAUUGAUGUCUUCUGGAGGGCUAGCUUGGGGCCUAUAUGGUGGGGUCUUUUACCGGCACGACAGCUACAUACCGUUGACUGUUCCGCUCGCCCUGAAAGGAGACACCAUUCGCUCACUUAUUCUAUUGUCGUGCAGUUAUCCUUCGACAAAAGGACUCUCGUAUCCUGGAGGAUAUAACAAGAGGGUGGUUGGCCAAAUAUAG